AGCAUGAAGACAAACAGAAUGAACAUACAUUUGAGCAAAGUCGAAGCGAUGUGGUCUCUAAACAUUUGUGUUUUAGUUGGAGUUUUGUCCGCUACCCAGUCAGUGACUGUCCCGGGGGUAACGACGACGGAGAAGUACCAGCAGUCCAUCAUUAUGGACGAAGAUGCAAGUUAUAUCUUGUUCUGGAAUUUCAACGACACUCACAUCACGUUCGAGGCUCAUGUGAAGACGAGAGGUUGGGUCGGUCUGGGUCUGUCGGAGAACGGCAACAUGUUUCCCGCCGACGUGGCUGUUGGCUGGGUUAACGCCGAUGGAAGUGUAGAACUACAUGAUAUGCACACGACCGGUCACCGGCCCCCGGUCCUAGACGCCUCUCAGGACUGGUUCCCGGUUCUUGGAAUGGAGAACGACUUUGGAACCGUACUUAAGAUAGUCCGCAAGAUCAAGACGUGUGACAGGGCCGAUGAUAAGGAUAUCAAUUUUGGAACCAACAGAGUGAUCUUCGCAUACGGUGACUCGGACCCCCAUUCACCACAAGAUCUACAUUACCAUGGCACCCACAGGGGAACAAAGAGCAUGUUCUUUCUCAACCCUGACAAGGGCGAGUCCAACAUUGCCCCCACAGAGAAGGUCAAGCAUCUGGACUUCCUUAAUGGCAACUUCAUGGUCCCUAACAGGACAACCACUUACUGGUGCAAGGCGUUUACACUUCCACCUAUUGGUAAACACCACAUGAUCAAGUACGAGCCAGUAAUCUCCCCUGGCAACGAGAAGCACGUGCACCACAUUCUGUUAUCCCGGUGCCGGAAGCCCAAUCCGGAACAGUACCACGGCAUGUCCGAGAACUGUUACACCGGCAAUAUGACUCUUCCACAAUGCAAUGAUUACAUUGUGGCUUGGGCCAUAGGCGGAACGGAAUUUUAUUUCCCCGACGGCGUCGGAUACUCGAUGGGUGCCGCCGACGACGGCAACUACUACCGUAUGGAGACUCAUUACGACAACCCUGAUGCCCGGGCUGAUAUUCUUGAUGACUCGGGUAUUCGGAUCACCAUCACUCCCGACCUGAGGGCCCUGGAGGCUGGGAUGUUUGCGAUGGGGUUGGGAACGAACAUCCGUCAGGUCAUCCCCCCGGGAGAGACGGACUUCGUCUCGUACGGUCACUGUCACGGGAACUGUACAACCUUGGCCAUGAACCAGGUAGGUGUUCCAGAAAUCAAGAUUUUUGGCGCCCUGCAGCACUCGCACCUGGUAGGUGUUGCCAUAACGACCCAUCACUAUCGCAACGGGAUGGAACUUCCGCACUUAAUCGAUGACCCCAACUACGACUUCAAUUUCCAGGAUCUACGGAAGCUGCCACAGGAAGUGUCUGUAUAUCCGGGUGAUAGUUUCCGGGUGGACUGCCACUAUAACACGAUGGGCAAGACCCAGCCAGUGCUGGGUGGCCUCACCACUCAGGAAGAGAUGUGUCUGACCUUCGCCUACUACUAUCCCAAAACACCUCUAUCAAACUGUAUGUCCAUCAGUAUCUACCGCCCACAAGGAGUUUCUAAGGAUUGGAUCCUGCAGCAAAUCGCAACAGCAGACUGGUCCAACAAAACAGUUGUCGACUGGUUUAGGACACAGCAGACAUCAGGUCUACAAUGGAAGUUCUGUGGCGGGGAAUAUCUCAAUGAGAAAGCGGUUCUCCUUGUUAAAGACCGACAGUUACAUCGACAAAUUGAGGAAGAUCCUAUUCCCAAUGGGAAAGCGAUGUGGUCUCUUAACAUUUGUGUUUUAGUGGGAAUUUUUUCCGCUACCCAGUCAGUGACGGUCCCAGGGGUAACGACGACGGAGGAGUACCAACAGUCCGCCAUUUUGGACGAAGAUGCGAGUUAUAUCUUGUUCUGGAAUUUCAACGACACUCACAUCACGUUCGAGGCUCAUGUGAAGACGAGAGGAUGGGUCGGACUGGGUCUGUCGGAGAAUGGCAAUAUGUUUCCCGCCGACGUGGCAGUUGGCUGGGUCAACGCCGACGGAAGUGUAGAACUACAUGAUAUGCACACGACCGGUCACCGGCCCCCGGUUCUAGACGCCUCUCAGGACUGGUUCCCGGUUCUUGGAAUGGAGAACGACUUUGGAACCGUACUUAAGAUGGUCCGCAAGAUCAAGACGUGUGACAAGGCCGAUGAUAAGGAUAUCAAUUUAGGAACCAACAGAGUGAUCUUCGCAUACGGUGACUCGGACCCCCAUUCACCACAAGAUCUGCAUUACCAUGGCAACCACAGGGGCACAAAGAGCAUGUUCUUUCUCAACCCUGACAAGGGCGAGUCCAACAUUUCCCCCACAGAGAAGGUCAAGCAUCUGGACUUCCUUAAUGACAACUACAUGGUGCCUAACACGACAACCACUUACUGGUGCAAGGCGUUUACACUUCCACCUAUUGGUAAACACCACAUGAUCAAGUACGAGCCGGUGAUCGCCCCUGGCAACGAGAAGCACGUGCACCACAUCCUGUUAUCCCGGUGCCGGCAACCCAACCCGGAACAGUACCACGGUAUGUCCGAGGACUGUUACAAUGGCAAUAAGAUUAUUCCAGAAUGCAGUGAUUACAUUGUGGCUUGGGCCAUAGGCGGUAAGGAAUUUUAUUUCCCCGACGGCGUUGGAUACUCGGUCGGUGCCGCCGACGACGGCAACUACUACCGUAUGGAGACUCAUUACGACAACCCUGAUGCCCGUGCUGAUAUUCUUGAUAAUUCUGGUCUGCGGAUCACAAUUACGCCCGACCUGCGGGCCCAGGAGGCUGCGAUGUUGGAGCUGGGGCUGGGAGUGAACGUCCGUCAGGUCAUCCCCCCGGGAGAGACGGACUUUGUCUCGUACGGUCACUGCCACGAGAGCUGUACAACCUUGGCCAUGAACCAGGCAGGUGUCUCUGAAAUCAAGAUUUUUGGCGCCCUGCAGCACUCGCAUCUCCUCGGUGCUGCCAUGACAACCCAUCACUAUCGCAACGGCACGGAACUUCCGCAUAUAGUCGAUGACCCCAACUACGACUUCAAUUUCCAGGAUCUACGGAAGCUGCCACAGGAAGUGUCUGUUUAUCCGGGCGACAGUUUCAGAGUUGACUGCCACUAUAACACGAUGGGCAAGACCAAGCCAGUGCUGGGUGGCCUCUCCACUCAAGAAGAGAUGUGUCUGACCUUCGCCUACUACUAUCCCAAAACACCUCUAUCAAACUGCAUGUCCAGCGCCGUGUUCGCUCCGCAGGGUAAUGAUGAGAAAUGGGUCCGGCAGCAAAUCGCAACAGCAGACUGGUCCAACAAAACAGUUGUCGACUGGUUUAGGACACAGCAGACAUCAGGUCAACAAUGGAAAUGGUGUGGCGGGGACUUUCUCAAUGUGCCUGCCGAUUUCGACUACGUCUGGACACCAACCUACCCAAGCCAGAGCUACACCCCUCCCCCACCGGACUGCUCUUGAUUUAAAAUUUGAGAUUUUUAUUGUGUUUUUUUUUUAUAAUAAAAGCACAAAUAUGCA